AUGAAAAACCAUUCUGCAAUAACAACAUUCAUCCUGCUAGGAUUAACAGAUGACCCACGACUGCAGGUUUUUCUUUUAGUAUUUCUGUUUCUCACCUACAUUUUUACUGUUGCUGGAAAUCUAAUCAUUAUUCUCCUCACUCUGGUGGACUCUCACCUUAAAACACCCAUGUACUUUUUCCUUCGGAAUUUCUCCAUGAUAGAAAUUAUGUUUACAACUGUCUAUGUUCCUCGAUUCCUAUACAGCAUGACAACUGGAGACAAACUUGUUACCUAUACAGCUUGUAUCAGCCAAUUAUUUUUUCUCAUCCUCAUCGGGGCAACAGAUUUUUUUCUUCUAACUGCCAUGUCCUAUGACCGCUACGUGGCCAUCUGCAAGCCCUUGCAGUACACCAGCAUCAUGAACGAAAGAGUAUGCACCAUUCUUGUCCUUUGCUGUUGGCUGAUUGGGUUAAUUGUUAUACUUCCACUGCUUAGCCUGGGAGUUCAGCUAGAUUUCUGUAGCUCCAAUCUCAUUGACCAUUUUGGCUGUGAUGCAUCUCCUCUUCUGAAGAUUGCGUGCUCGGACACUCAAUCAAUAGAGCAGCUACUUUUAAUCAUGGCUGUGAUGACUCUCAUAGUCACCCUAGUUUGUGUAAUCGUGUCCUACACGUACAUCCUCAAGACUAUUUUAAGGCUCCCUUCAGCUCAGCAAAGAAAAAAGGCUUUCUCUACCUGUUCUGCACACAUGAUUGUAGUUUUCAUUACCUAUGGAGGUUGUAUCUUUAUCUAUAUCAAGCCAGCAAAGGAAGAAGUGGCCCUUAAUAAGGCGAUGGCAUUGCUCAAUUCCUCAUUUGUCCCUUUAAUGAAUCUUUUCAUUUACACUCUACGGAAUAAACAAGUCAAAGAAGCUUUCAUUGACUCUGUAAAAAAGAUGGCAUAUUUUCAAAGAACUAGAUAA